GGUCUCGGCACUUACUCCUCCUUUCUGCUUAAGAAGACGAGGCAUUCAUCACAGCAUCCCCAGACGUGACUCCAAGCCCAGCGCCUUGUUUCUUACAUCUCCCAUCACAGUGAAAUACGUUCAAGACCACCGCAAUGAAGGCCAUUGUGAUGAGUGGGGAGCCUGGAAAGGCGUCUCUCGUCACUGACCGGCCUUACCCCCAGCACAGACCAGGAUAUGUUCUCGUCGACACCAAGGCAGUUGCCUUGAACCCCACCGACUGGAAACAUAUUGAGUGGAUGAACCAUAAAGGUCUCCUGGUCGGCUGCGAUUACUCAGGGGUAGUUGCAGAAACAGGAACCGGUUAUUCAAAACCAUGGAAAGUGGGUGAUCGAAUCUGCGGCUUCGCACAUGGCAGCAAUGAGUUGCAACCUGAGGAUGGGGCGUUCGCUGAGCGCAUCGCGGUCAAGGCUGAUGUGCAGAUGCGCAUUCCAGACCACAUGUCGUUUGAAGAUGCCGCAACAAUAGGCGUCGCUGUGGUUACCUGUGGGCAAGGACUCUUCCAGCAGAUGGGCCUGAAUCUACCCUCACAGCCUUCUACGAAAGGAGAAUUUGUAUUCAUCUACGGAGGCAGCUCAGCGACCGGUACCGUUGGGAUCCAAUUUGCAAAGCUCGCUGGAUAUACUCCCAUCACCACAUGCUCUCCACGCAAUUUUGAUUUGGUCAAAUCAUUGGGAGCAGUGGCUGCAUUCGACUACAAUGAUCCUGAGUGCGCGACGAAGAUCAAGGAAUAUACAAAGAAUGAUCUCAAGUAUGUCUGGGAUACGAUCUCACUGCCUAAAACGGCCCAGCUGUGUUCAGAGGUGAUCUCGCCCGGGGGGACCUAUGGUUCAAUUUUGAAUGUCGAAUUCCCACGUACGGACGUCAGGACCACGUAUAAUUUGGGAUACACUGCAGUCGGGGAUCCCGUAAAGAAGAGGUUUUUCGAGAGUCGCGAUAAUACCAAAGACUUUGAAUUUAUGAAGAAAUGGAUUCAAGAAGUCGAGCCCAUUCUUGAGCAUGGACGGUUGAAGGCUCAUCCGCCCAAGGUAGGCAAGGGACUCGAGAACGUGUUGGAGGGAUGUGAUUUGAUGAAGCACGACAAAGUGAGCGGUCAAAAGUUGGUGUAUGUUCUGUGAAGGCAGGGAGGGAAAUCAUUGAGCUCUUAGGCGCAGGACCAGGCUGACCGAUUUGCUGGGUUGUCGUCAUUUGCAGCCUCGUGCGACAAAGGAGUCCGAUUUCUACUCCGUUCACAGUAGUGAUCUAGAAACGAUGGAGUCAGCCUAGUAUCAAGGGACACCAAAGUUGCAAACUUGGAGUCAUGCUGAGGGCGAAUGCUUGCGGCUGGACUGAGUCGGUGAUCACUGUCGAUUCGCAGGCUCCCUCUGCCUCGCAACUGGACGCGCAUGGGAUGAUGUGCAGUUGUGAUGCCUGCGGAGGAGGUUGGAAAGUUGCCCCUGUCAUUUGACGGUUAUUCCG